GGGCUAGCCCCGAAGCCAAAUGGGGGUUUUCUCUCUCCUCAUCCUCUCACCAGUUUCACUCUGAUAAACCCUUUCUGGGUUUAGACAAAAACCCAGUCUUGGAGCUCUCUGCCAAUGGCGUCUACCUCUCUCACCCAGUUCCUAUCAUUGCCCAGGUGGCACUCAAAGUGGCCUUUCUUCCCGUCAUCAGGCGUUGUGCAACUUCAUGAUCCUCUAUCACAUAAGAGAUGGGGUCUUAUGGCAAUUUCUAGGAAAAAAGUUAAAGAGUCCUUAGCUCAAGAGUUAUCGGGCGAAGAAGGGAUUGUUGUAGAAAAGAAAACAUCUAGAACAUCCAAACGCUCACCCGCUAGAAGUAGGAAGAAGGUAAUAGAGGAUAGUCCAGAGGAUGAUAUUGUGUCAGUGGUGAAUGCUGAUGUUACAGAUGAGGAAAUCAAUAAGCCCCCAGCAUCAGGUGAAGAUUCGAAGAAAACCCGAAGAAGAACUCAAAGGAAAGCUGAAUCUACUUCUAGCGUGCUGGGGGAAGAAAAAGUUGAAAAAAAGAUAACGAGGCGGGGAAGGAUCAAGAAAAAGGUUGAUGAUACAGAAAAUGAAGUGAGUGAGAUGAAACUUAGUGAUCGGGAGGGGAAUUCAUUCAUUGUGAAUGUGGAGGAUGAAUAUGACGAAGACCUGGAACUUGGAAAAGAUGGGGACGAGGAAGUUAGCUUUACUUAUGGAUGGCCUCCUCUGGUCUGUUGCUUUGGUGCUACUCAACACGCAUUUGUGCCGUCAGGAAGGCCAGCCAAUAGACUUAUAGACUAUGAACUGCAAGAAAGAAUGAAGGAUGCGUUGUGGACCCCGGGAAAAUUUGUGAGGGCACCUGGAGGAUGUGCAAGUAAUGUUGCGGUGGCUCUUGCAACCUUGGGUGGUAAAGUUGCCCUAAUGGGAAAAAUUGGGGAUGAUGACUAUGGUCAGUCCUUGUUAUAUUACUUAAAUGUGAACAAUGUUCAAACCCGAUCCAUGCGUAUUGACAGCAAAAGAGCAACAGCAGCAUCACAGAUGAAAAUUGGUAAGAGGGGUGGAUUAAAAAUGACAUGUGUCAAACCAUGUGCGGAGGAUUCUUUAUCAAGGUCAGAGAUCAAUAUUGAUGUGUUGAAGGAGGCAAAGAUGUUUUACAUCAACACAUUCUCCAUGCUUGAUCGGAACAUGAGAUCUACAGCCAUCAAGAUCUCCAAGAAAUUAGGAGGAAUUAUAUUUUAUGAUCUUAACCUUCCAUUGCCACUAUGGCAGUCUUGUGAAGAAACCAAAAUGUUCAUACAAGAAGUGUGGAACCUUGCAGAUGUUAUCGAGGUUACCAAACAAGAACUCGAGUUUCUGUGUGGGAUCAAGCCCUCUGAAAAUUUUGACACUAGAGACAAUGAUAGAUCUAAGUUCAUUCAUUACACGCCAGAAGUAUUUGGUCGACUUUGGCAUGAAAAUCUAAAGGUUUUGUUUGUGACAAAUGGGACUUCGAAGAUACACUACUACACCAAGGACUACAAUAGUGCAGUUCUCGGGAUGGAGGAUGCACCUAUCACCCCAUUCACUGGUGAUAUGUCGGCAUCUGGAGAUGGCAUUGUUGCAGCUCUCAUGAGAAUGUUGACGGUUCAGCCACAUCUUAUCACCGACAAAGGAUACUUGGAACAGUCAGUCAAGUAUGCCGUUAACUGUGGAGUGAUUGAUCAAUGGCGGUUGGCACGGACAGUUGGCUUCCCUCCCAAAGAAGGUAUGGAAGAAAAUGUUGAGCCCGAUCCAAAUGGCAUAAGAUCAAUUACUGAGAGGGAAUACCGCACACUGCAGCCUGAGCCUGUGAGUUGAUCAAACUCGGUUCUCCAAUUAAUAAGGAUUGUGGUGUUUUUUGCCUUUGAUGAGCCACAAUUAUCCCAAUCCCUGUAAAGUGAACUGAUUUUAGUUCUUUUUUUUUUUUUUUUUUAACCAUGAGGUUAUUGAUGUAACUUAGAGAACACCAAUUUUGAAAUGUGUGGGUAUUAUCUACUACCAUGGAAUGAGAAUGGCAAGUUUUCAGGUUUAAGUCACAAA